CAGCUCCAUAAUCCCUGCUUCGGUUGCCAGGAUUCCUUAAAGCAGUGCAGGAGGAGCGGUGCUGGGGGUUUGUGUGUGCUUUUGUGGUUUGUUUGUGUUUGAUAUGGCGGAGCAGGCUGGGAGGACAGAGAGCUCGUCUGGAAACGAGUCCCUGGUUCAGUGCCUGCCUGUUUUGUGCUCGGCUGCUUAGUAUGGAUGGCUGUGCCUGGGCCCAGGCGUGCCAUAGUAACUGCCCUCGCCUUGUAAUUCAAUGCAUCUCACUUGCUUACAGGUUUGGCAGCGCUGAAGCGCUCUAGCACUCAUCCCAUGCUGCACUGGUGCAGCACUCGAGAUCCGGCUAUUUAUAUCCACCUCCGGGCCGGCAUCCCCCUGCGAGCGUGCCCGAGGAACCUGUUAGAGACGUGUCUGGUUUUGUCCUGGCGCGGCGGGGACAGGGGAGCUCCAGCUGCUGUUGGAUCUCAUGGCAGCGUGAGCGCAGUGGAUGGAGGCUGCAGCGAGCCCAGAGCCCGGUUCUGGCGGGACGUGAGCUGGGGGUGUGCAGGACACAGCUGCCGGCCUCCCUGUCCCACCACCCUGGGGCCGAGUAGGAGCUUGCUUUGGAGAAGGCGUCUGGCUGCGUGAGCAGGUCCCGGCUGUGGAGGGCGAGCGCUGCUGCGUGGGAGCUUUGCCUCGUGGGGACUUCAGUGUAUGUGUGCGAACAAAACUAACUCUGCUGCCCCGGUGCUGCAUGAGCCAGGCUGCUCUUGACAAUGGGGAACAGCCUCUUUGCAAACUGCUGCAGGCAUGUCACCGACCUCAUCUUCCAGACGCACAGCUCUAACUCUGCCGACGAGAGGGCUCCCCUCUUACCAAAGCCUCCCACGAGCUGUGCCACCGGCCCGGAGAUGCCAGGAGCUGCCCUGUGUGCGGGGCUCUAUCCAGACAUCAUCCCCAGCGAGGUGGUGACUGGAAGCCUGCAGAAGUGCACCCAAUACAUCCAAGACCUAUCGGAAACCAAGGAUGAAGAAGGAACGGUGAUGGUGUGUGAUAAGAGCUCUUUGAGAGCCGUUGCUGGUGCUGCUGGCCUGCUCCGGCAGGCAGAGGCAUCCCGUGCAGUGGCUGUCCUUCCAGCCGACCUUGGGGAAGGGCUGCUGGGGCUGGUCGAUCAUGCUCAGUUGCUUGAGGCCUGCCAGAGCUGCGUGAAACUUGAGGACAGCAGCUUAGCCCAUAGGUCCUGCCACCGGGAGAAGCACGUGGCAGCAGCUGAUGGGGGGGAUGCGGCCCCUGGAGCACGUCCCACUGGCCAGGGCCACGGCGAGGGACGAGCAGCCUUGAGUUUGGACACAGCCGCGGGGGGUCCAGACAGCGUGCUGAGACACGGAGGUACUGCUGGGACACCUUCCUCUGCUCUGGCCGCGAGCGUGGGGAGCCCCCCACCGGCACAAAGGACACCUCGCCGGGGGGGACAGGCGGCACAACCCUCAUCCAAGGCUCGGGAUGCAAGUACUGGUUUUGUAGUGACAGACCCUGCUGCCUGCCCCGGCGACAGGUCAAGCUGCGAUCCUCACCCUCAGGCACAGGCACUGCCCCUCAAGCAGCAGCAGAAAAAGAAGAGGAAGAAAAAGAAGCUCACACUUCUAGAGCACCCGUCUGGCAUGGCACUGAUGAAUGGCAGCGGCCCGCAUGAGAGCCUCAAGGGCGAGAAGGAUGCCAGGCAGAAUGGCCACGAGGAGGCUGACCCGGGAGAAGAUGGGAAUGACCAGGAGGUCAUUGUCAUACAGGACACAGGAUUUACCGUCAAGAUCUGUGCACCCGGGAUAGAGCCCUUUUCCCUGCAGGUGUCUCCUCAAGAGAUGGUGCAGGAGAUCCACCAAGUUCUGAUGGACCGCGAGGACACCUGCCAUCGGACGUGCUUCUCUCUGCAGCUGGACGGCAAUGUCCUCGAUAACUUCGCUGAGCUGAAAACGAUUGAGGGACUGCAGGAGGGCUCACUGCUCAAAGUGGUGGAAGAGCCAUACACAGUGCGAGAAGCCAGGAUACACGUGCGUCACAUCCGGGACCUUUUGAAGAGUCUUGACCCAUCAGAUGCUUUCAAUGGUGUGGACUGUAAUUCACUGUCCUUCCUGAGUGUCUUCACUGAAGGAGACCUGGGAGACAGUGGAAAACGGAAGAAGAAAGGUACUGAAAUGGAACAAAUUGACUGCACCCCUCCUGAACAUAUCCUGCCAGGUAGCAAAGAGAGACCCCUGUGUGCCCUUCAGCCCCAGAACAGAGACUGGAAGCCUUUGCAGUGCCUAAAGGUAUUGACAAUGAGUGGCUGGAACCCACCACCCGGUAACCGGAAAAUGCACGGGGACCUCAUGUACUUGUAUGUCAUCACGGUGGAGGAUCGGCACGUCAGCGUCACUGCGUCCACCCGGGGAUUUUACUUGAAUCAGUCUACUGCAUACAACUUCAAUCCCAAACCUGCAAACCCCAGUUUUCUCAGUCAUUCCUUGGUGGAACUACUUAACCAGAUCAGCCCUACCUUCAAAAAAAACUUCUCUGCUCUGCAGAAGAAACGGGUUCAGAGACACCCUUUUGAGAGGAUAGCCACUCCUUUCCAAGUGUACAGCUGGACGGCUCCGCAAGCGGAACAUGCCAUGGACUGUGUCCGGGCAGAAGAUGCUUACACCUCUAGACUGGGCUAUGAAGAGCACAUACCUGGGCAGACCAGAGACUGGAACGAGGAGCUGCAGACCACGCGGGAGCUGCCGCGCAAGAACCUGCCCGAGAGGCUGCUCAGAGAGCGAGCCAUUUUCAAGGUUCACAGUGACUUCACUGCAGCAGCAACAAGAGGUGCUAUGGCUGUCAUUGAUGGCAAUGUCAUGGCCAUCAACCCCAGUGAAGAGACCAAGAUGCAGAUGUUCAUCUGGAACAACAUUUUCUUCAGCCUGGGCUUUGAUGUCCGUGACCACUACAAGGACUUUGGUGGAGAUGUUGCUGCUUAUGUAGCUCCUACCAAUGAUCUUAAUGGUGUGCGGACCUAUAAUGCUGUGGAUGUAGAAGGGCUGUACACGCUGGGGACUGUAGUGGUGGAUUAUAGAGGUUACAGGGUGACAGCUCAGUCUAUUAUUCCUGGCAUCUUGGAACGGGAGCAGGAACAAAGUGUCAUCUAUGGGUCAAUAGACUUUGGCAAGACAGUUGUUUCACACCCCAAGUACCUGGAGCUGCUGGAGAAGACCAGCAGGCCACUUAAGAUCCAGAAGCACAAAGUCCUCAAUGACAAGAAUGAGGAGGUGGAGCUGUGCUCCUCAGUGGAGUGCAAAGGCAUUAUUGGCAACGAUGGGCGUCACUACAUCCUGGACCUGCUCCGCACUUUCCCUCCAGAUCUAAACUUCCUGCCUGUCGAAGGGGAGGAGAUGCCAGAGGAAUGUAAGAAAAUGGGGUUCCCCAAGCAGCACAGACACAAACUUUGCUGUCUCCGGCAAGAGCUUGUUGAUGCCUUUGUAGAACACAGGUAUCUCUUAUUCAUGAAGCUGGCUGCGCUGCAGCUGAUGCAGCAGAAGGCCAACAAGCAGGAGAGCUCGAGUGCAAUGGAAAAUGGUGCCUCUCCGGAGAAUGGAACUGCAGACAGCGAGAAGGCUGAGUCAGAGGAUGGUAAAAUAGACGAUAACGUGACUGGACUUGAUCAGGUGAAAGAGCUUGCUGAGACCAUUGCAUCUGAUGAUGGAGCAGUGGAUCCCAAAAGCAGAGAAGUGAUUCGGAACGCUUGCAAGGCUGUAGGCUCCAUUAGUGACACAUCAUUUGACAUUCGGUUCAACCCAGAUAUUUUCUCACCAGGUGUUCGCUUUCCCGAGUCCAGCAAAGAGGAGGUGCAGGAUCAGAAGCAGCUGCUGAAGGAUGCUGCUGCCUUCUUGCUGUCGUGCCAGAUCCCAGGUUUGGUCAAAGACUGCCUGGAUCACACGGUGCUCCCGAUGGAUGGGGCUACCCUCGCAGAGGCCAUGCACCAGAGGGGCAUCAACAUGCGUUACCUGGGCAAGGUGAUCAACUUCAUCACCAAGACCCCCGGCCGUGCUCAGCUGGAUCACAUCUAUAAAAUAGGAAUCAGUGAAUUGAUCACUCGGUCGGCGAAACACAUCUUCAAGACGUACCUCCAGGGUGUGGAGCUGUCAGGGUUAUCAGCUGCCAUCAGCCACUUCCUCAACUGCUUUCUAAGCUCCUUUCCGAAUCCCAUCGCCCAUCUCCCAGCUGAUGAGCUGGUCUCCAAGAAAAAGAACAAGAAAAGGAAAAACAGGAACCUUGGGAAUGCUGAUAACACGGCCUGGGCCAGCAUGACCCCUCAGGAGCUUUGGAAGAACAUUUGUUCAGAAGCAAAGAACUACUUUGAUUUUAGUCUGGAAUGUGAGAAUGCUGACCAAGCAGCUGAAAUGUAUAAUCUACAGAAAAUCACCCUGCUUCGUGAAAUCUCCCUCAAAACUGGAGUCCAAAUCCUGCUGAAGGAGUACAACUUUGACAACAGGCACAAGCCCACCUUCACAGAAGAGGACAUUCUCAACAUCUUCCCUGUAGUGAAGCACGUAAACCCCAAAGCCUCAGAUGCUUUCCACUUCUUCCAGAGCGGGCAAGCAAAGGUUCAGCAAGGUUUCUUGAAGGAGGGCUGCGAGCUCAUCAAUGAAGCCUUAAACCUGUUCAACAAUGUGUAUGGUGCUAUGCAUGUAGAAAUCUGUGCCUGCCUGAGGCUGCUGGCUCGUCUCAACUAUAUCAUGGGAGAUUAUUCAGAGGCCUUAAGUAAUCAGCAGAAAGCGGUGCUAAUGAGCGAGAGGGUCCUGGGUAUCGAACACCCCAACACGAUUCAAGAAUACAUGCACCUUGCUCUGUACUGCUUUGCAAACAGCCAGCUCUCCACAGCACUGAACUUGCUGUACCGCGCGCGCUACCUCAUGCUGCUGGUAUUCGGGGAGGAUCACCCAGAAAUGGCACUCUUAGAUAACAACAUCGGGCUGGUGCUCCACGGGGUUAUGGAGUACGACCUGUCCCUCCGGUUCCUGGAGAACGCGCUGGCCAUCAGCUCCAAGUACCACGGCUCCAAGUCUUUGAAAGUUGCACUGAGCCACCACUUGGUAGCCCGAGUGUACGAGAGCAAGGCAGAGUUCCGGUCAGCCCUGCAGCACGAGAAGGAAGGCUACACCAUCUACAAAAACCAGCUUGGAGAACACCAUGAAAAGACCAAAGAGAGCUCCGAGUACUUGAAAUACCUGACUCAGCAAGCAGUCGCUCUUCAACGCACAAUGAACGAGAUCUACAAGAAUGGCUCCAAUGCCAACAUCAUGCCUCUUAAGUUCACAGCUCCCAGCAUGGCCAGUGUCCUGGAGCAGCUCAACAUUAUCAACGGAAUUCUCUUCAUUCCACUAAGCCAAAAAGACUUGGAGAACCUUAAAGCAGAGGUGCAGCGGCGCCAGCAGCUCCAGGAAAGCAUAAAAGGUGGCGAGCAGCUGGACCCAGAGGACAAAGCUGUGGAGGAGAAGGAGGCUGAGCCGCGCAUGCCUUCCGCUGCCAUCCCCCUAACACAGAGCUCUGCUUAAUGUGUACCUCGCUUUAAAACAAGUUUAAACCACCCUUUUCUGAGGCUGCGCCAGGCCCUGGGCCGCCCCCGGAGCAGCUCCUCCUUUUUGACAAUGUUAUUGCACUGGUACAAUUAAUACACAAUGCAAAGAACUAAUCUGAGAAAUGUAAUGUGUCUGGCUGAGCUUGUGGCUGCCGCGGGCGCCGAGCCCCGCGUCCGUGUCGUGUGUGUGCACAGAGCAUCACUUCUUUCUACUUUGUACAUAUGAAUUCCAAAUGAACUGUCUGGAGGUAUGUAACAUUUCUCAGGUCAUUUUUAUGUUGACUAAGGACACUGCUUUGCUAAACCAGUAUAAAACCAGCCCCAGGCCAAGAGGUUUAUUUGCCCCCCCCCCUCACUGCCCCAGUCUGUGCUAAGGAAAACCAAGCAGCCAUAGUGCUAGUGCUGGGUACCGCCUACGUGAGGGGAUGUACAGCAUUUUCUACAUCAGGAUAUAGCCAUGGGAUUCCUUUAACCAUUCUUUUUUUCUACUUUUGGUUGGCAGUUUGGCAAUUCAGUGGGUUUUGUAACAUUCACAUUCUAAUUUUCAAGGUAAAGAUAUAGACAGAGAUUAUAUAUAUAGAGAUUAUAUAUAUAUAUAUACGAGAUACUCACUGUUCCACCUCUGCUCUGCUUGCAGCUGAGUAAUUUGGGAUAUUGUAUCCAAAGAGUGAGGGCUUGAUGUUUAAUAAAGCGCACAAACUUCCAGUCAUGGAAACCCCAGUGCCUGGGGGGGGUGAUGGCACCCAGUGGGGCUGAGCUCAAGGGGGUUAGUGGGAAAUUGUGGCCCUGUUGGAAGCAAGGGGAGAAGGUCCAGAGACAAGGACUGUCCCUGUGACACGGAGCUGAGGGGCUCCACCCUGACGGGCACAUUGAGCCGCAUUGGAAGUGUGUUUCCCACAACCUGGAAUUGCCCGGCUUUGGGGAGGGGGUGAAAUAAUUCAGUUGUACCUGACUCCUCCGCACGCUGGUGCCGGGGCACUUCCAUUGCUGGCAGUGGAGGUCACUGCAGUGGCCGAUGCCAUUAACCCACCCUCGUGUCCCCGUGAUGCCCACAGGGCUGCUGGGGACCAGCGCGAGGUCCCCGGCCAUGCAGCAGGUACGAGGCACCGCUGCAGUCACAGGGUGACAGUUGAAUGUGCUCCCCAACCCCUCCAUGCUGUAGAACAACUUGUGGGUGCCAGUCCCUGCCCCCCUGUGCCUCCGGCCUCUCCGUGGUGUCCGUCAUGGAUCAUCCCCAACUUGUGUUGUUUCUUUCACUGACCCCCUGGAGAACAGGCGCUGUCCCCGUGCUCUGUACCCUGGUGCCCUGUACCCCCAUACAGGUAUCUGUAACUGGGGGGGAAGGAGGGAGCUGUUGGAGGGGACAAACAGGAGGAGUCGUUACUGCAAAAGAACUUGCUCUUAGUAAGAAAAAUUCUGAAUUUCCUGGAAAGCAAUCAAUAAAUGACUACAGUGCAUCUUUCCUAAAGAUUCUUCCUUUACUAGUGUCUUUCAGUCCAUUAAAAGCUUUUUAAACUGU